AUGUCACGUAACAUUGAUCACGAAUCAAUAUGCAAUAUAUGUAAUAGACCCUUUAACGACCCACAAUGUUUUCCCUGCGAACACAUGUUUUGUAAAACAUGUAUUAUACAAUGGUUUGAAAAAAAUAAUACAUUAUGUCCAAUUUGUGGACAGACUGUUUCUAUUAAUGAUGUGACAGAUGUUGACCCGAUUGUACAGAAGAAAAUCGAUAAUAUUCAUCGUGACAUUAAUGAAGAACGUUGUAAAGUGAAUACACACAAUUUAUUAUCAAAUAACAAAUGUUCACGAGAUGAACAACAAGAUCAAUCGUAUCAGCAGUCAUCAUCAAUACUUGUUUUUGAACCAUUACGAUCUAUUUUUGCGGAAGUUUUUAGUAAAAAUCAACAACUGAACGAAAAAACAAAUCAGUUAGAAAAAAAGUUUCAUCAAGAACACGAAACCUAUAUUAAUGACCUUCAAGGUAUUAACAAUCAUCUGUAUAUAUUUGUUGAUCAAUGUAACGAUCGACUGAAUAAAGAUCAAAUUCAAAUAGAUGAUGUGCGGACUGAGAAUCAACAUCUGAACAAACAAAUCGACGAGCAAAUAAUAAAAUGUAUUGAAAUUCAAAGUGACAAUCAAUUUCUUAAAGAGAAAAUAAAUCAGAUUGAACAACAGUAUAAAAGUCAUGUUAAAGAACUUGAAAGCACUAAUGAUCAUUUGAAUACAUACAUUGAACAAUUGACACAUCAAUUAAAUAACACUAUGAUACAAAUAAAGAGAAUCGAGGAUGAGUAUCAACAACAAGUCAAAGUUGAACAACAAUCUCAUCAACAACAACAGAUGAAAAUAAAAGAAUAUGAAGAUCGAUUGAAUAUAUACAAGAUUCAGAAUGAACAAUUUAAACAACAAUUUGAGACACAAAGUAUACAAUAUAAUGAAUUUCAAAAUGAAGAUCAAAUUUUUAAAGAACAAAUCAAACAAUUUGAAGAGCAAUGUCAACAAAACCAUCAAACUCACAUUGAAGCACUUAAUGAUAAGAUUACACAAGUGAGCAAUCAAUUAAACAAUCACGGCAUUCAAAUAAAAGAUUUGAAAGAUGAAAAUAAACAACUCAAAAUGCAAAGUCAAACCCAACAUGAAGCUUAUAUGGAAGAACUCAAAGAUACAGUUUAUAAUCUUAGUAAACAACUGAACAAUAGUGAGAAACAGAUUCAAGAAUUAAAAAACGAAAAUCAAAAACUUAAAAUGCAAAUUGAUGAACAGAUGAGACAAUACGUUGAAUUCUCAACACACAAUCAAUCUCUUAAAGAUGAAGUACAGCAGUUCGAACAACAAUGUCAACAAACUGAUCAGAUUGAAAUUAAACAAUUAGAAAAUACUAAUAAUCGUUUGAAUACAUUUAUAGAACAAUUCAACAAUCAUUCAGAUCAUCGUCAAAUUCAAACGAACAAAUUUCAUGAUGAGAAUGAACAAGAAUGUCCAUCUAAAAUUACAGAGAUAAACGAUACUAACGAUUGUUGCAGUUCAUAUUUUACGCAAUUGAGUGGCCAAUCAAGCGAUGAUGAAAUGCUCGAAAUCAAGCUUGAAGAUGAUGACCGAAGUCAGAAAAAAGCAAGAAUUCGAUUCGAUGAACGUCAGAACGAGUCAACAAUAGGUACUAUGUGUUUAAGAAACAGAGGAAAGUAUGUACUAGAAGCAAAUCAAUAUCAAAAUCCAAAACUUGAACAAAAAAUUCGACAACAAAAAAGUAAUUCACAAGUCUAUUUGAAAGGACAAAAGUUAAUUGAUCAAGAUAUGAACAUUGUUAUUCAAGAAGCUAUUAUCAAAAAACAAUGUACAUGGCUUUACUUAUCAUCAAAUAAAAUCACAUCGGUGUGUGUUUCGAUUUUAGCUGAGGCAUUGAAUAACAAUAAUACAUUAGAACGCUUGUAUCUAUCCGAUAAUCAAGUUUGUGAUGAAGGUGUUUAUUCUCUUAUUAAAAUACUUUCACUCAAUAAUAAUAUUCUCAAACGACUUAAUCUUACAAAAAAUGGAAUUACAGAAAUAGGUGCAAAAUAUCUUGCUGAAAUGAUGAAAACAAAUAAAAUAUUGACUCAUCUCUAUCUUGGAGAGAAUGAUAUAAAUGAUCACGGAGUUCAAAUAUUGACUGAUGCAAUUGAAAAUUAUAACACAACAAUCAAAUGUUUGGAUCUUUCUUCGAACAAAUUAUUGACUGAUAAAAGUAUCGAUUAUCUUCUUCAGAUGAUAAAAAAUAAUUCAUCAUUGAACAAACUUCAAAUAUAUAAUUGCAGUAUGUCUGAAAAAGGCAAACAAAAACUUAAAACAUCAGAACAAUCAAAAGAAAACUUUAAAGUGUGUGUAAACAGUUUCUUCGAUUAA